CAUUAAAUUUAACAAACAUUUGUUUCAAUUAUAUCUAUAAUUAACUAAUUAAUUGAUUGUAUUGUAAACUAUAUAUUGUUUUGUCAAAGCAUUACAUUUAAUAACUAAUACAUUUGAUUGCAAUUAAUGUCAUUUUAAGUCAAUUUUUUCAGUAUUUAUCAGUCAGUUAUGAUUUGAUAUGUAAUUUAUAACUAAGUAUUGUUUUGUACAAUAAGUUCAUUGAUUUUUAAGUGAAUUAAUCUUUAAAGUCAUGAAUUUGUAUAAAUCUCUUGUAUUUCGUCAUCACUUGAAUUCUUUGACAUUAUUAUCACCGACUGGUCUCUCCAUUAAUCGGCACUUUUGUCGGACAUCUUUUAAUUCAAAUGCUAAUCAAUCGUCACAAGAAGUGGUGGCACGAGAAUCAUCACCAGAAGUGGACAAAUUGUAUAAGACUAUAGAGAUUGAGGUCCGAUGUGCCGAUCGGGAAGUGCUCAACAGUUAUGAAACAUUUGUCAAAAUGAGUGCCAAUUGUUUGGGAUUAACUGUCAACCGAUCUUGGGAACCAUUUCGUGCAAUUAAACGAAGAACUCUAUUGAGAGCGGCAUUCGUUAAGAAGAAAUAUCGGGUUCAGUACGAGUUUAGGACUUAUUUCCGAAAUAUUGAAUUCAAACACUUGACCGCAUCGACAGCCGAUACUUUAAUUGAAUAUAUUGAACGAAAUCUUCCCGAAGGAGUGGCACUAAUGGUGUAUCGGACAGCCAUUGAGACAGUGCCGCAACAUAUCAGCCAACAAUUGGCCACAACUGACACAUCAAGUCUUUGAUAUACAAUAAAGUCAAAG